AUGCCGCUGCUGCGGAGACCCCCGGAGGAGCCCCCCGCGCUGGGGGGCGCGGACCGGGACCCGUUCUCGGCGGACCCCGAGGGUCGCCGCCGCCGCCGGGCCACGCUGGGCGGGCUGGUGGGGCUGGGGGGACACCUGGGGGGACACCUGGGGGGACACCUGGGGGGACCCUUCGGCCUCCGCCGCCUCCGCGACCCCCGCGGGCGCCGCCGCUCCGAGGACGCGGGGGUCGCGCGGAGACCCCCGGAGGAGGCGGGGGGGAACAAGCGGGGGUCGCUGCUGAGGCUGGCCCUGGGCACGUGGGGACAGCGCGGCACCGAGAAGGGGUCGCCGGUGGAGGGACAGGCGGGGGACGGCGCCGAGGGAGCGGCGGGAGAGCGGCGGGAGAGCGGCGGGAGGGAGCGGGACGGCGGCGGGGACCGGGAGAGCGAGCGGGAGCCGCUGUCCGGUGAGUCCGGGCCUGGGGACAUUAUGGGGACACGGGGGGACAGGGACCGGGACCGGGAGCCGCUGUCCGGUGAGUCGGGCCUGGGACACCGGGGGGACCGGGAGAAGCGGCGGGAGCCGCUGUCCGUGCUGGAGAUCCUGGAGCUCAUCCAGCGCCGGCACCUGGUGGCCGCGGACGCUCAGAUCAUCGCGCUCGAGGCCGAGUGCUCGCUGUCCCCAUCGCGCCCUCCCUCCCCGUGUCCCCUCCCCUCGCCCCCUGCUUCCUCCCCAUCCCCACCAUCCUCCUCCUCCUCCUCCCCUCCGCCGUCCCCGGUGCCCGCCGGCGGCCGCCGCGCCCGGGACGUGGCCCUGCUGUACCGGGCGCUGCUGUCGCAGCUCUGGGCCGUGGUGGCCGAGUCGGUGGCGUCGCCGCCGCCCGCGCUGGCCCCGCUGCGCGCCGUGGUGGCCGUGCUGGAGCAGGAGGAGGCGGCGGACGCUCGGUGCCCGCCGGGGACGCGCCCGGGGCGGCCGCGGGCGCUGCGGCGGCGCUGGCACGAAGCCGUGGCCCGGGCGGCCGGGGAGCGGCUGGCGCAGGUGGCACCGGCGGGCGGGCUCGGGGCCCGGUUGGCCGCGCUGGCCGCCAGGGUGGUGGGGGACCUGGGGGUCGUGAGGGGCCGCGUGGCCCCCGAGUACCCGCCCGAGUGGGGGGCCACGGGGGUCUACGCCCGCGGGUACCACCGGGCGCUGGGGCAGCAGGUGAAGGCGCUGGCGCAGAGGCCGCUGGAUGUGGGCGAGAUGUACCUGCUGCUGGACUGGCACAGCAACGCCUACCCCAGGGAGGUUUUGGGGCACCCCGAGGUGGGGGCGCUGCUGCGGGAGCAGGAAUUGGGGCCCCUCCUGCCCCCCGAGACCCAGCGGGACCUGGAGAGAUCCUGCAUUGCCGCGGUGAAGGCCAAGGUGGAGGUGGCCGUGGCGCAGGAGCUGCAGCUCAGCGAGGACAGGUGGCCCGAGGAUGUCACCAGCCAGGACAUGGAGGACGGGCUGGCCACGCGUGUCACCGGGCUGCUGCGGGCGCACGUGGACCGAGCCCCCCAGGUGACCCCCGAGUUCGGCCGGGAGAUGGCGCACAGCCUGCUGGGAGUGCUGGUGGCCUUCCUGCACAGCUUCCAGCGCAAGGUCGAGCGGUUCCUGGACGGCCCCGGUGACGCGGCACCGCCCGACGCCACCCCCGGCCGCGCCAUCGCCCUGGCCAACUGCUGCCCCCCGUUCAGGGCGUUCGCGGAGCGGCUGGCGCAGUUCGGGCACGCCGAGAGCGAGGAGCCGCGGCGGCAGGCGCACGCGGCGCUGGACAGGGUGACCCGGGCGUGCGGCCACCUCCUGACGCGGCGGCUCUUCGAGGAGCUCAAGCCGCACUUCGGGAAGCUGAUGAAGCGCAAGUGGCUGACGAGCUCGGACGCCUUCGACGCCAUCGUGAUGCUCGUGACCGGCUUCGCGCAGACCCUGCGGCCGCUGCACCCCGAGCCCCACCAGGUGCUGGUCAGCGAGCUGCACCGCCGCGUGCUCAUCGAGUAUGUGCGGCCGCUGCUGCAGGGGCGCCUGGUGUGCGCCUCGGCCAAGGCGCGCGCCCGCGUGGCCGCUCGGCUCGGGGACGAGGCCCGGCAGCUCCGCGAGCUCUUCUCGCGCCUGGACUCGGCGUCGCCCUGGCUCGACUCGGUGGUGCCGCGGCUGCGGGAGCUGCUGGUGCUGGAGGACACGGCGGCGCUGCAGAUGGAGGUCGGGGCGCUGGCCAGGGACUUCCCCGAUGUCCGGCGCCGACACGUGGCCGCCCUGCUGGACGCGCGGGGCCUGCGGGCUCAGGGCCCCCGCCGGGAGAUCCUGGGGGUGCUGCAGGACCUGGGCGGGGGCUCGGAACCGGCACCGGGCCCGGUCCCGCCGCGGAGCCGCGCGUUCUUCGCGGAGCUGGCGGCGCCGCGCCCGGUGCGCUGCCUCCCGUUCCAGCUGCGGCUGCCGCGGCUCCCGCGCCGCGGCCCCGCCCGGCCCCGCCCGUGA